CUAUGGGUAAUAGUAGUAGUAGUGGUAGUAACAGAGAAGACCCUCUUUCCUUUUUGAAUACUACUACUAGUAUUUCAUCCUCUCCAAUUCCAGCAUCAUCAGAUGGUGAUGGAUUCCUUGGCGACCAUAAUUCGCAGAUUGGGAGCGCUUCGGGGAGUUUCCAGAACGAUGGAUUAUUGACUAGUGACGCAGGCAGCGGAAGCAAUAGUGAUGUCGAAUUCGGCUUCCUACGCUACGACUUUCGCCAGAGCUCUCUUGUAGGCACCGUGCAGAUCUACGACCGUCAUGUCUUUCUAUGCUACAAGAAUCCUCUUGUCUGGCCUCCUCGCGUUGAAGCCGCUGAGUUCGAUCGCUUGCCCAGGCUUCUCUCUGCUACUCUCAUGGCCAGGAAAGCCGAUAUGAAGAACAAGACUUGCUUAACAAUAUGUGAAGGACAUGAUGGUACCGAGACAUCGAAUGGGGAUGUAUUGAUCUUUCCAGACAUGAUCCGUUACCGGCGUUUGACACAUUUUGAUGUUGAUACAUUUGUUGAAGAAGUGCUUGUAAAGGAUAAUGAAUGGCUUCCUGGCACACCUGAAACACUGAGAGGUUCAUACAUUUUUGUUUGUUCUCAUGUGAGCCGGGAUCGCCGAUGUGGUGUUUGUGGACCUGCUCUGAUUUCAAGGUUCAGAGAAGAGAUAGAUGCACGAAGUCUUGAAGGUCAAGUUUCUGUUAGCCCUUGCUCACAUAUUGGGGGCCAUAAAUAUGCAGGAAAUGUAAUCAUAUUUGGUAGAAAUAUAGAUGGAAAGGUGACAGGCCACUGGUAUGGGUAUGUUGCUCCAGAGGAUGUACCUAUUUUGCUUGAGCAGCAUAUUGGGAAGGGAGAAAUUGUAGACCGACUUUGGAGGGGACAGAUGGGUUUAUCAGAAGAAGACCAGAAGAAAGUGCAAGAACGAAGACUCCAAUUAAAUGGUGAGACAAACACAGAGAAAAGCGGAAAAGAGCCUAUACAAGCCAAUGAAAGUGAUGUUGCUGGAAAUGGAACUCAAUCAGAAGUCUCAGGUUGUUGCCAGGAUAACAAAAGUUCUUCUUGUUGCCAGAAUAAUUCUGUACCAGUGGAGUUCAAAAAAGAUGAAAGAGAGGCAAAAAUAGUGGUUGAAGAGAAGAGCAGUAGCAAACCAACUUCAAGUGUUAGUAGUAGCAAACCAACUUCAAGGAUUGGUAACAAAGGGGCUUCUUGCACACGCAAGGCAUGUGUAAUGCCUACAUGGUUUGAAAGCUUGGAACGUGAGGAUAUACAUGCUGCCCUUGCAGUAAUAGGGGCCGCUGUAGCUGUCGCCAUUGCAUAUAGGAGCUAUAAACUAUUGAGAUGAUUUGCCCAUGGU